ACUCAGCAAGAAAAUACCAAGAUAAGACUUGUAUUGUUUAGAAAAUUGGGAUCUUACUAUUUAUCGCCGAAACUAACCAUCGGUCAUAUCCCACGGCAAUCAUAUUUGCAUAGCCAAUUUAUAGGAUGAAUAGACCUUCAACAGAAUCUAUUGUCAAGGAAUCACUCUUUAAAUUCAUGCAGAAGAAUUUACCAACAGAACAAAUAAGUUCAAUCGAUGAGAUUGUUUUGAACUACGUCGUGAGCAUUCUUGAAGAUUUGGCAGAGGAGAACAGUGGGGAGGUGGAAGAUGCCUUUGAUGCCGAAGGGUUUUGUGAAAUGAUGGCUGCCUACGUCCCAGAAUUCGCACAGAUUCGAAUGCCUCAAGUUUGCUCAUGGAUGUUUGAGCUAGAAGCCUCCCUUAGGAAAGUAAAGGAAGAUGGUCGUAAUCAGCAGGAGAGGGACCUUGCAGAUCUGCUGCGACCGUUGACAUUGGCAGAUGAAACUAUCAUGCUCAAGACAAACCGCAAGCACCAGAUCAGCGAGACUAGUGAUGGUAGCAGCUACGGAUCUGAUAGUAGCGGUGAUUACACCUCCACCGAGGAGAACACAGACGUAGCUACUUUGAUGGAAACAUUCCCUACAGUCUGUGAACAAGAGGUUCUCCAAUGUCUGGCCAUAGCUAAGGGAGAUCUCACCAAAGCCGCUCAGCUUAUCUUUGAUCGUCAAGAGAUGGGCGAAAGUCUCCCUACCACUUCUGUACUGCAAGUCAACAACCAACACCAGAAGUUUGUUGUGGAUGACCAGGAGCUCAAGAACCGGAUCAUUCAGCGUUACUCGUUUGUCGACAAAGACGAUGACGUUCGUGAACACCGCCCUGUAGCUCCCAAAUCUGAGCCAAAGAAACUAGUGCGAUACAGGGACAGCAAGAUCGUGAGCAUGAAGGGGGAGAGGUACACUGAGGUGAAGAAGGACGAUGAAGAGGAGAAGAAGUCUGGCUCUGCUGGCCAAAAGGCGGCGAGGCAGAAUAGAUUCCAUUGAUGACACGCAAUUGAGAUGGCAGCAGUUGUCAUAGUAAGGUCCUGACGGCUGCUGCUCUCCCAUCCCCCUCCCUAGUCCUGCAAUCCUAGUCCCUGGAGCUGCCAUUCAUACAGACAUAAAGAGCUCGAUCACCUCCACACUCUGCUCAUAAAUCCAUACAGACUCUUAGAGUGUAAAUAUUGCAUAUACAUGAAUCGAUAUUUAUCUAAUUAUUAUCGAUUGUAAAUAAGUUGAGCAUAAUUGUGAUAAAACUUGAAGUGAUUGUUUACAAAAAAAGAUUUAUGAGAGAAAUCUAUUGUUUUUUUUUUUUUAGUAUUUUAUUUAGUGGAGUUUUACCAUUGGUUUCUGUGUUUAUGGAUAUAGGUCUAUAUUUUGAUGGCAUAUGUACUUAUUUCAUACUAGCUUUGUACUACACAUUUUACGAAAAGUAAAUAAAAGAGACGUCUUAUAACACUUAAAACAUAUAUUUACGCUUAUACUGUUACUCACAAGACGGUAAAUAUACAAAAAAGAUGGGAAGUGGUGAUCGAUUUCGAUUGGACAUCGUCUUCAGACCCAAUAGGCGAAUGACAAGAAUCUUGAAUGGACGUCUCUUUUAUUUACUUUCCGUAAAUUUAAUAACACGUAUAAUGCUGAUCAAGAAGUUAUUUACACAUUUUAAUAAUCAAAACCCACUCUAAUACCUUUCUUGUAGAAGAAAAAACUAAGUAAUCAUUAAAUUUAAUGUUAUUUAAAUAGGUAAUCAAUCUGACUGAUUGAGUCUUAUUAGAGAAAUAUUUUAGUGAAAAUCAAAUCAGGAAAGAGGAAGAUAGCUUGCAGUAUUGUUGCAGUGGGGGUGUUUUAUUACAUUUUUAUUCGUCAAACUUUUGUUACCGUACUUUUACAUUAUUUAUCACAAAACAUUUUCAACUCAAUUUAGUCAAACAGGCUACUUAAUCCGCCAGCUUUAAGUAGGUCAUGGGCAGAGUGGGAAGUGAGGAAACUCCUCAUUUCUGUAAAGGAUUUUAGCCCAGGCUCACUGUACCUAACCCACCAUACUGUUAAUAGCCUAUCUUAUCAGUGUUCCAAAAUGUCAAUGUCCAAACAUCCCAGUCCAUGUAUUCAUCUGUCACUCCACUCAUAGAUGAAAUUAGAUUUUUCAAGUCAACGUUUAGAUAGCCUUUCUAGUUUUGCUCAUAAAUAUUAGAUCAAGGAGGGAUCUGUAUAGUUCAUUUUACAAUAAUAUUGUAUGUGACUUGAUCAUGUUUAAUUAUAUAACUAAAUAAGAUGAAUGGUCAAAGAACACAACUUUCUGUUUCAUAUACUUAAAUACUUUUCGAUGAAAUGGUGACAUACAAAGUAGGUAUUUUAAGCCAAGUAUGAAUGGAGAUGAGUGUAGGAUGAGUGGCGCAAUCUUGUAAUCUUGUUAGUGACUAAGGCCGACAUAUUCCUUAGACACAGCUGUUAAUUUGAUUUGAUUUGAUUUGAAUAGCCCAUACAGCUAAUGGUAACUAAGGGACCUACAGUUUAUAGUGGAAUACGAACCACAUUUUUUCCUUGGUAUAUACGAAUUGGGCUAAUUAUCAGGAUAGUACUGCGGAUAGUCGUAGUACUCACUCGUGCGGACGUUAAUAUUGCAAGUUUUGAACUAUUCAAUGACUUUAUCCAAAUUAUAGUAGCAAAUGAAUGGUUAUAUUAUUCUUGCUUUUCAUUCAAACUUCAUCUGAAAAAAUCCUAAAUAGUUGAACAAGUUUGUUGUUGUAUUAAAACAAUUAUCUCAAAAAUAGGCCUAUAAAACCUCCGCCCUUGUGUUCUAUACCUUAACCUCAAACUGAAAAAAAUACAAGGCUAAAUUUUAAUUCACUACUCCCAGAACUUUAAGUGUAAAUGAGGUAAAUGUUUAUUCAAACCUACGAAGAGACAGUUUUGUUCUUUGACAAUGACUGAUUGUGCUUCUUUUUCAUCCUAUUCCAAUUGUAUUUGGUACAAUGAUUUUGUAAAUGGACUUGACAUCAACUUGGCACUAUUGAAGGCUGUAUUAAGACUUGUCUGCCGUCUGCCAUGUUAGAAGAUUUUAGUUGAUAGCGAAGCAACUCAAAUGUGAGAGCAUAUUUCACUCAUAAGAUUUGACCAGACAAGCGUAACAAUUUAUUAUCAUGUAGUUAUUUGUUUUGUCGGGGAUGGGAUAAAAGUUCCAUUUUGGUCAAUUUUGAUUACCAUUUACUAUUUAAGUUGUUUGUUGAGUUUAAUAAGAUGACUUUUUACUACUCAUGAGAUUAGAGGCGAUGACUUUAUUAAUUAUACUCUUUAUCACAAGCCUCACAAGAUACAUUUUAAGUUUAUUUAAUUUAGCGAUGUGUCAAUCACAUUUGAAGGCUGUCAGUAGUUUACUAAUUGUUUAGUAUUAUGUAGGUAAGAUUUUGAUGUGCAACUGUGAGUUCAAGCAAUUUCAAGGGAAUAUGUUUGAGAAAAUCAAACCAGGUGAAUGGAGAUUUACUCAGUCCGCAGGUUUGCUGCGACAAGGGUAUUUAUAUGAAUCUAUUAGUUUAUUUUUCUUAUGAAACAAUUCUUAUGUUUGGAUCUCAUGAUUGAAUCUCAUUGGCAACAUUUUUAUAAAAUCACAGUUAAAGUCAUGCUACGAGGGAUGAUUUUUAAAUAAAGGCUGUUUGUAGGUAUAGCUUCUUAGUUUGUGUGUACGCUGCAACGAGACUCAUCGUCGCUUACUUGUAUAAUUAGUGAACAGAACGGCGCCAUUUGUAGCUCUGUAGCUGACGUGUACACUUUGCUGUGUGUAUAGACAUUUGUAUUUAAAUUAUAGGAUCUCCCACCACAUGUAAGAUGAGGUUGGUGAUAUGUUUUUUGACUGCAAUAAACAUGUCGGCUUCAGACAUUCAUUGCCAGAUGACGGAAGUUUAUGGCUCUAACGCAAUGAUAGAGGGUAAAGUGCAGAAAUGAGUUAUGAAGUUUAAAAAUUACCCUGAAAAUGUCCAUUUUGGAAGGAAUUCUCUUUUUGGUCAGUAACCAGACUUCUCACACAAUACCUCAAAGGGAAAAGGUUUCCACGGCCAUUUUUACACUCUAACCGAUAUCUGCACUUUACCCUCAAUCAUUGCAUUUGGGCCAUAACCCACAGUCAUCUGGAAAUGAAUAUCGGCAUCAAAUGUGUUUUUUGUGGUCUGAACUGAAAUGACCUUAAUCUCACAUGUGGCAAAAGAUCAAAAUAAUCUUAUAAAAUUUUACGUCACACUACAUUAUUUUGACGAACUUCCCACGCAAGUAUUUAGUCCAGAAUCAGCUGUUUGCCGCCAGCUUAUUCAAAUGGGGUUUCAUUGCGUACUACUGUACUGUAAUGAGUUUUACUGGACACCAAUCAGCUGAUUAUACUGUAUUUAGGUGGCAAUGAGUAACAAAAACAUGACUAGUGAUUUUUUUAGUCUUUUAGUUGGUGGAAAUAUAUAAGGAUUUGUACAGAUUUAGUAGUAUGGCGUAAACUGUCGUAUGCAUCUCGUCCGGAAUGUGUGUACCGGACUCGUAUGGUAAUCCCACACUAGUCCGGUUAACACUUAUUUUCAGGACUAGUAACGUAGUAUAAUAUACUAUUAAAUUACACAGCAAAACGUCAGCUACAGAGCUGCAAAAGACGCCAUUCCAUUCACCAAUGAUCAUAAGGGGAAAGCCGCCUUUUUGUGACGUAUGCACAAACUAUAGAACUAUUAGCUGAAACUACCCUUCAACCCUCGUAUAGCUAAACAUUUUUAUGUAAGGAAAAAUCAAUAAGACUUUUUGGACGUUAUGUAGCCUGUUAACCAUUAAUACUUGACAUCACAUAGGCUAACUAAGAAUUUAAAAUCAAUGAAAAUCCCUUUGAGUUCUAUAGGAUCAUUAUUUUUUUAAUUAAUUAGAUUUAUUCUCAAUUAUUUUGACUCCUAAAUCAUUGUAUACUUUUGCCCAACGCUGGAUCUCAUCACAGUUGUACAGUGUAUCUAUUCCAUUGCUUUUGGGUUCUUGCCCUCACUUGCAAAAAGUGAUGUUUCUUUCACUGUUCGGAAAAACUUGUUUAUUUGUUCCUUCUAUUAGUAUCUUUAAUUUAGAUUUCAAGUGACCCGAACAAGUGAUAAUGAACAAAUAGACUAUUUAAUUGUUAGUAUUGUUUUGCACAUUUAUAUUGUGUUAGAUUGUUUAUUUCUACUGUAGUUUUACUCUAAUUGUCUUAGGAUUAUUAUUACCUAAUAAAAAGUAUUGUUUUUGUACAUUUAUACAAAUUAUUAUGAUUUAUACAUUUUAUUUAUACUACUAAGUGUGAUCAUGGUUUUGAAUAAACUCAAUAUUGUGUCAGUUUCUAUUGUAGUUCUUGUUCUAUAAUAUCUGAGAGUAAUUGAAAUGCACACGAUCUUUGUUAUAAAUCGAUUGUAUACAAUUACUA